CUGGCCCCCCGGCGGGCCCAGCGCCAUGCCGCCGCACGUCGCGCUGCUCGUCGUGCUGUGCCUCGUGCGCUGCGACACCAAGACCUUACUCCAGGACAAACUAGCGGGCGUGAGGACGGUGGAUGUGCAGGCGGUGGAGGGCAUGGUGGCGCAGUUCCCCUGCGACCUGGGCACCGCCGCCAACGAUAAGGUCUACAUGGUCUUCUGGUUCAGAGACGAUGCCGGCAUUCCGCUCUACAGUUUCGAUGUGCGCGGGAAGCACCUGUCGGAGGCGCGGCACUGGUCGGCGCCGGAGGUGUUCGGGCCACGCGCACACUUCUCUACGGCGCCGCCGCCCGCUUCGCUGCUCGUGCGCGACGUGAAGCGUCGCGACGAGGGCGUCUACCGCUGCCGCAUCGACUUCCGCAACACGCAGACAACCAGCUUCCGAUACAACCUUACAGUCGUCGUUCCGCCGGAGAAGCCGGUGGUGGUGGACAGGUGGGGGCGCAUCAUCAACACCACCACGCUCGGCCCGCACGAGGAGGGUGACGACGUGCUGCUCACCUGCCGGGUGCUGGGAGGUCGUCCGGAGCCGUCUGUACGGUGGCUGGUGAACGGUGUGCUGGUGGAUGAGGAGUACGAGCACAACACGGGCGACGUGAUCGAGAACAGGCUGCUGUGGCCGGCCGUGCGCCGCGCCGACUACGCCGCCGUCUUUACCUGUCAGGCCGCCAACUCGCACCUCGUGCCGCCCAAAGAGCUUUCACUAGUUCUUGACAUGUUCCUGCGGCCGCUGACGGUGGAGAUCCGGCGGCCGCAGGCGGGCGAAGCGGGCGGGGCGGGCGAAGCGGGCGCGGGGGGCGAGCUGACGGCGGAGCGCCGCUACGAGGUGGCCUGCGAGUCCGCCGGCAGCCGCCCGCCCGCGAUCCUCACCUGGCACAAGGGCAAGAGGCAGCUCAAAAGAAUCACGGAGGAGCAGCGCGACAACCUUACGGUGAGCGUGAUGAGCUUCGUGCCGACGCUGGACGACGACGGCAAGCUGCUAGUCUGCCGCGCUCAGAACCCCAAUGUCUCUGCGCUCUUCCUCGAGACGUCCUGGCUAAUCAGCGUCGUAUACCCGCCGGUGGUGAGGCUGCGGCUGGGCAGCUCGCUGGCGGCGGGAGACAUCAAAGAAGGCGACGACGUGUACUUCGAGUGCCACGUGCGCGCCAACCCACCAGCGCGCAAGCUCUCCUGGCUGCACGACGAGCGGCAGCUGGUGCACAACGCAUCAGCGCGCGUGUUCCACAGCAACCAGAGCCUGGUGCUGCAGAAGGUGACGCGGCACAGCAGCGGCCGCUACGCCUGCUCCGCGCUUAACGCCGAGGGCGAGACUGUCUCCAACGAGCUGCACUUCAGGGUCAAGUACGCUCCGUCGUGCCGCAGCGGUGGCGUGGCGGUAGUGGGCGCAGCUCGCGGCGAGUCCGUGGUGAUCGUAUGCGAGGUGGACGCCGACCCGCCCGCAGCCGUCUUCAAGUGGAAGUUCAACAACUCCGGGGAGACGCUGGACGUCGCCGCCGACAGAUACACAUCCAACGGGAGCGCUUCCAGCCUCAAGUACACACCGGUAGCGGACCUGGACUACGGCACGCUGUCUUGUUCCGCAUCGAAUGAGGUCGGCAGUCAGGUCGCGCCCUGCGUCUUUCAAAUGGUGGCUGCAGGCAAGCCGCACGCGCCUCGCAACUGCUCGCUGUGGAACCAGACGGCGGACUCUGUGGAGGUAUCGUGCGCGCCGGGCUUCGACGGCGGCUUGCCGCAGCGCUUUCUGCUCGAGCUCUACUCCGGCGACGACACCGUGCCCAGAGUGAAUCUGUCGUCGUGGGAGCCGGUGUGGUCUGUGCGCGGGCUGGAGUGGGACGUGCGCUUCAGGCUGGCCGCCGUCGCCGUCAACGCCAAGGGCCGCUCGCCGCCCGCGCUUCUCGACGACAUACUCUUCAGGGACCCGGAGAAACGUACAGCGUCUGAGAGUGGGUUGGGCGCGGGUGCGGCGGGCGCGGCGAGCGCGGGCGCAGCGGGCGCGGGCGCGGCGCUGGCGCUGCUGGCGUGUGCGUGCCGCGCCGCGCGCCGCCGUCGCGCGCCGCUCGCCAAGCACACGCCGCCCAAAGCGCACCCCGCGCACGCCGCGCACCCCGCACACAGCCCGCACGGCCCGCACGUAGCCCGCGCCCACAAGCACAGCGACCACGACGACGCCGAGCCAGACCUAAUACCAAAUAAUUACUGUGAGACGUCGAGUGCGCCAGCUCGCAACACGCCGUCGUCGCUGUCGGCGCCGCUCAGCGCGCCGCUUGUUGUGCCGCUCGCCACACCGCUCGCCACCCCGGUGAGCACGUGGGCGCCGCGCAGUGCGUCCGGCUCGCUGCGUGCUGCGGACCUCAACGUGGACGCCAUCAAGGAGAAGCUGCUGGACAACCGGAUCCCAGAGUCGUGCGUGUAGUGCGCUGCGCCGCGGACAGCAAGCUGCAACUUAGUCUCAUGUUGUACAAUCUCCCAAAACACUGUCCUAUGUAAAUGAUAUGUAGAUAGCGCCCUUCAUCGCUGAGGUUAUCCACCGCGAUCUCCCCCCCCCCACACUGAGUAUCCGAUUUCGACAAUAUCAUUCGAUUCAUUCCGGAAAUAAAUCGUUUUGAUUAAACUGAUCCUUUGCACUGAAAUUGGAUACUCGCGGUGUGAUUUUGUAAAAAUCAAAUACUUUAAACCAUAAUUUUGUUUUAUAACUCUUUGUGAUGUAAAUAAUAGGUUUUAAGCGACUGAUUCUUUGCCACUUUUUUACAUGUCUACGAAAUCUAGAUAAUACAAUUAGUUAAUUAAUGAAACAUGUGAAUGGAAUCGUCGUGAUCUGUAUAAAUAUUGAGUAUUUCCUUUUGUAAAUAGAGUUUGUACUUGACUUUGAUAGUUUAAAGUCGGCUUCAGAGUGUCACCGAUAGAUAAAGUAAUGUCGGCGCAGGCGCAGCUGCGGGAGUACUUACAAAUUCUCGCGAACAAAGGAGUAAAGAAUUCUUUCGUUUCUCCGCAAAUGUUAAUGUCUAGUACUUAAGUUACAACUUACACCCGUUUUAUUUCCUCGCAGUCGAGUAUGUAAAGUACAAAAAUCAUUCAAAUAUUUUACCUUGACCUCAUACAAAGUCCCAUCAGCAUAUUAUAAAGAUAACUGUGAGGCCAAAUGUUGGCUUUAGUUCGGUGUAAAUCAAUGUAUAUCAAAUUUGUCCGAAGUGUUCAAUUAAAUAUCAAAUUAAAUUCACAUAUCAUGUUUCUCGUGUGUUUGAGAUACAUAUCACAUACUCGUACAGUUGACAUAUCGUAACAAUGGCCACACCCCGCGCAGGCGCAGGCGAAGGCGCGACAAACGGCGACGUCGACCGACUGAUCUUGGUGGAAUAGCGAAUUAAAACUAUCCUUAGGUAAUUUAAUUUGUAAGUAAGAAGUGAUUUGUUAUUAUAAAGUUUAAACAAACUCAAAGAGUUCGCCCUACUGUUGACUUAUUUAUUUUUGAAGAGAAUAAAGGUUGUCUUGGAAGA